AGCCGGGGCAGGGCCGGGCCGAGCUCCCGGUGCCGCCCCCUGCGCGGAGCCGCACCGGCAGCACCGGCGGCACCGGAGCGCUCCUGCGGCCGGGCCCCCCCCCGCGGGCCGGCACCGCUCCGCGGAGACACGAUGCGUCCCCAAAGUCCCUGGGCGGCCGGCCCAGCAGCUCUGCUGCUCCUCGCUGGUGUCCUCGCCUCCGACCCGCCGCUCAGCACCCGGGGACGGAAGAAGGUGGUCCAUGUCAUGGAGGGUGACAGCGGGGCCGUGGUCGUGCAGACAGCCCCGGGGAAGGUGGUGACACACCGGGGCGGCACCAUCAUCCUGCCCUGCCGGUACCACUACGACGUGUCCGCCCACGACCCGGCCGAGAUCCGCCUCAAGUGGACCAAGGUGACAGAGCCCAUGGCCUUCGUGGAUGUCUUUGUGGCGCUGGGGAAGGCGCGGCGGGCGUUUGGCAGCUACCGCGGCCGCACGGCUCUGCAGGAGGAUGGCUUCGGCGACGCCUCACUCAUCAUCCGCAACGUCACCCUGCAAGACUAUGGCCGCUAUGAGUGCGAGGUCACCAACGAGCUGGAGGAUGACACCGGCAUGGUCAAGCUGGACCUCGAAGGCGUGAUCUUCCCCUACCACCCGCGGCUGGGUCGCUACACCCUGAACUUCCACGAGGCGCAGCAGGCGUGCCUGGAGCAGGACGGCAUCCUGGCCUCGCACGACCAGCUGCACCAGGCCUGGCUGGAGGGCAUGGACUGGUGCAAUGCCGGCUGGCUGGAGGAUGGCUCCGUGCAGUAUCCCAUCUCCCGGCCGCGGGAGGAGUGCGGCCGCAAGGACACGCCGGUGGGGGUACGCAACUACGGCUACCGACACAAGGAAAGCGAGCACUAUGACGCCUUCUGCUUCACCUCCAAUCUCAACGGCAAAGUCUACUUCUUGAAGACCUACCGCAAGCUGAGCUACGCCGAGGCGGUGCAGGCCUGCAAGAACAACGGGGCGGCUGUGGCCAAGGUGGGCCAGCUCUACGCCGCCUGGAAGAUCCAGCUGCUGGACCGCUGCGAGGCUGGCUGGCUGGAGGAUGGCAGCAUCCGCUACCCCAUCGUCAACCCCCGGGCACGCUGCGGGGGCCGGGAGCCCGGCGUGCGCAACCUGGGCUUCCCAGACAAGAAGUACAAGCUUUUUGGGGUUUAUUGCUUCAAAAAAGCUGGCCAGGCUGCCCCCGAGAAGGCGCUGGGUGGGGGGCAUCCCAAUCGCGUGUGAGGCUCACCCCCUCAGCGGGAGCACCCCCAGAUUUGGCCGGGGACACCCCCACUGUAUGCUGGGCUCCCCGGCGGCGCUGCCUCCUGCGACAUGACAGCGCGGGAUGCUGCAGGCAGCCCCUGCGUUGGACUGGGAGAGGUGCCCAUGUGAUGCCGGUGCGGCUGCUGUGCCGCAGGCUGCCGACAAAGCCCGGUGACGCUUGGGGAAACUGAGGCAGCAGGAGGGGAACGGCUUCAGUAGCCCAGCCAGGAGCCUGUGCUUGGAUCCAGGGCUGGCUCCCCAGCUCGUUGCAGUUCUUGCUUAUCAAUCAGCGUAUUGCAUGUGCUAGAGGCCCAUCCAGAGCAAAGCAGGCUUGAGCCCCCCAUGUCCGCGGUACCCAGCGCCGCACUAAACCCCCCAGGAGAUGCCAUGGGCAGCCAGCAUCAGGGGACUGGCAGGUCUUGGGGGGGGGGGGGGGGGGGCUGACCUGCCACAGGCUCUGCCCCAUCCCCAGAAUCCUACCUUGGCACGGGCAAGGAUGGGGGGCACUGAGCUUGGCUUCAUGCGACAUGGGCAGCGGGGGUGGCAACCACAGCCCCUCCAGCACCCGCAUGCACCCGCUCGCCGCUGGCCGCCCCACGGGGCUGCUGCUGGAGCUGGGCAAGCUGGGCGGCCGCACACCCCUGCCUGGGGCUGGGGCAGCUCUUUAGCGCUUGGCUUCGUGCAGAAGUGGCUGAUGCCGGGAGCGGGGAGGUGCUGGGUGGGCACCGUUCCCUGCACCCACCUGGCCAAGCACUGGCUCGAGGCUUUUUGGCAGCCCUGGCGCUCGCGAGCUGGACGUAGAUGAAAUAAAAGCUUCGGCCGCUUUUUGAGAGCUGA